CCCAUAUAUAGUUGGAUGCCUCAACGAAGAAUUUAUCGUUGCUUCACUCUGACUGUGUCAUGUGCACAAAGUUUGGAUUGACGAGAUAAUAGCAGCUUGCUGUGACAUUAAUCUUGGGAAUAUACGUGAAGGGUAUAUUCCUGUAGCAUCUUCAGGAGCUUCUCCUCCUUUGGUGUUUUGAAAGCAUGUUAUAUAUAACACCCACAGGCCACUAUCUCUAUGUUUCUGAGUGUGUGUGGUGUGGAGUGUGAAUGCAUUUGGUGGUACUGCUAUUUGUGAAAGUUGAGUUCUAAUCUUCCAUUCGAAGUGGGCAUCAUCACUGGAAGGAUUAGCUGGACUUUAGGUAUGAUGUAAUUGAUAUUAUUUUUCAUUUAUUUGUUAUUUUUUAGAAGACUUGUAUUAAGAUUUUCUGUUUUGUAUUGAUAAUAUAUCAUUUAUUUGUGUUGAGAGUAUGUAUUUUUUGUAUUAAGAAUAUGUCUUUUUUGCAUUGAGAAGGUGAACUCCUCUUUUUAGCUAGUCGAGUCUCUCUUGAUUUUGUAUCUUUAAUUUCUAGUAUAAGCAUAGAACCUAUUAACUAAACUAGUUAAGGAUAGAGGCAGAAUACAAACAGAGGAUAUGUCAUAAUUUCUCCCAGGUCUAAACUAGUAACUAAACUAAUACUAUUUCUUUUUUGUAUAAUAUUGCCUUCUCCAAUCUUGGCGCAUUAGCAUUUCAUAAUUGCCUAAAAAUGAUGAUAUAAUGGAAUAUGCAGUCAUUAGAUUACAAUAUCAUCUGAAAUAGAGAGAUCCUAUUGGUUGCUAGCAAGUACAAGUAUGAAAUAUAGUCACGUUAACCAUGCUCAUUUUAACUCAUGAAUAAAGAAUCCAAUCAAUGAUGGCAUAUCAGUACCAAAAAUACAAAGAAAAAAAAAUAGCAGCACAACAAUCACUCAGGUAGAUAAUUACCUGAAGCAGUGAACAUAUGUAGACAAAAAAAAAAUGGAAGUCAUUUUAGUUGAGGAUGAUUCACAUUCUACAAAAAGUAGUGAACAAAGCAUGUCAAAUCAACUUUUUAUGUUGUUGUAAUGUGAAAUUUAAUUGGGCAAUUAAUUUUGAUGAUUCUAGUCGAGGGAUCUAAUAAUAUAGAUUAAAACCUUUUGUUUCAAUUACGCCUAGCAAGACAUUAAUAGAGGUGGGAUAUUUUAAGUGGGAUAUUUGUUUUUUUUUUUUAAGUGGGAUAUUUUUAUCUUAUUACAGACAUGGAGAAUAAUGGUCACGAUACUGAACAUUACAUAAGCGAUGCUGAUAAUGGUGAAGAAGAAAAAGAGGAUGAUAUUGACUUUGUGAUAACAUUACAAUUAAUGGUGGCUUCUAAAUAUUACACAACAUAUAUUGUAAAGGAACCUUGUAGGACCUCUCUACAUAUAGGUCAUAAGUUUGUUAUGGAAAUUCUAAAUGGUCAUCAUGAUAGAUGUCAUCAACAAUUUAGGAUGGAAAAAUAUGUAUUUCAUGCUUUAUGCAAAAAGUUGAAUGAAAGAUAUAACUUAACUGGUACUCGAAACAUAACUAUCGAAGAAAUGGUAGGAAUUUUCUUGAUUAUAUUAGGUCAUGGGUUUGGGAAUAGAAUGGCACAAGAAAGAUUUCAACAUUCAGGAGAGACUAUUAGUAGGCAUUUUAAUAAUGUAUUAAUGUCCGUUUCACGAAUGGCGGUUGAUAUUAUCAACCCCACUGAUAGGGAAUUUAAGGAUAUUCCAAAAAAAAUUCGUGAAGAUGAGAGAUAUUGGCCAUACUUUAAAGAUUGUAUUGGAGCUAUUGAUGGAACCCACGUGCCAGUUACUAUUUCUCCAACAAAACAAAUUCCAUUUAUUGGUAGAAAAGGCAUACUUACUCAGAAUAUCAUGGCAGUUUGUGAUUUUGAUAUGCGUUUCACUUUUGUUUGGGCUGGAUGGGAAGGGACAGCUCAUGAUACACGUAUUUUUAUGGAAGCUAUUCGAAAAGAUGAAUUGCGCUUUCCACAUCCACCUAGAGGUAAAUAUUACUUGGUAGAUGCUGGAUAUCCUCAUAUGAAUAGAUACAUGGGGCCAUACAGAAGGGAACGAUAUCAUCUACCAGAUUUUCGCCGUGGUCCUCGACCAAUGGGUAUGCGUGAAAUAUUUAAUCAUGCACAUUCAUCGCUCAGAUGCACUAUCGAGAGAACAUUUGGAGUUUGGAAAAAUAGAUGGAAGAUAUUGGAUCAUAUGCCAAAUUUUCCUUAUGAUAAGCAAGUUAAAAUUGUUGUGGCGUCUAUGGCUAUUCAUAAUUUCAUUAGAACUCAUGCAUUAAAGGAUCUUGAGUUCAAGCCAUACGAUGAGGACGAGGAUUAUCUACCUCCUGGAAACAUGCAAGAUGAAGAAGUAGAAGAUUACUCAUGUAUGCAACAAUCAGAGAUAUCUAGUGAAAAUGUUCUGAAUAUUGAGCGUGAUUAUAUUGCUCUUUCACUUAUGCAACGUUGAAGAGAUUUUUUUUUUUCAUUAUAAUUACUAAAACACCUAUUAGACUAUUUUCGUUGUUAUUUUAUUAUAAAUCAUUUUAUUUCUAUCAAGGAUAUACCCUUUUGUGUCAUUUCCACUUCAAAAAGUGCUUUUUUAAUUCA